AUGCAAUGUGCUGCCCCGCAGGUCAUGAUUCGCGGCGGCUACACCAGCAACGCGCUGGACGCGGAGACGCGGCAGCUGCUGCUCGACGCGGACGCCAUCAAAACGUCGGACGAGGGCGUCGAGGCGGUGCUGGUCAUCGCGCUGCAGGCGGAGCUGGAUCAGCUGCGGGAGGAGCAGGACCACCACAGCCAAACGGUGCGCGCGCUGCAGCAGCGCAUAUCAGAGCUCGAGGCCGCGGCAGCUGCCGCGGCGGCAGCUUUCGCAGGGGGUGGCGCGACGGAGGGGGACCCCCAGCUGGCGCGCAGCCGGGAGCAGGCGGCCGCCGUGCGAGAGGCGGAGGCGGCGCUCGGGCAGCUGCACGGGGGGCAGCUUCCGCAGUCGGCUGCGACGGCGGCAAGGCCGAGUGAGGCGGAAGCGGACUCGUUGAGCGAGGAGCCGGCGCUGCAGCGGCGGCUGGAGCAGGAGCAGGAGCAGGAGCAGGAGCAGGCGCAGGAGCAGCAGGCUGUCGCGGCGGCAGCCGCUGACGGCUGGAAUGAGGGUUGGUCUGAGGAGGACGGGGAGUCGCCCUCUGCAGAUGCCAAGGGGGCUGCCUCCGCCGGGGGCGGCGGCCCUGCUCUGGCGGCCUCAGCUGCGCCGGGUGCAUUGGAAGAGGCCUCGGGCGGCAAUGGCAGCGUCGGUGAUGAGGAUUUGCGGCAGCAGCAGCAGGUACACGCGGCGCUCAUGGCGCGCGUGGCGCAGCUGGAGGAGGAGCGGCGGCGCGCCGCCGACGAGCUGCUCGACGCGUCGGCGCAGCUGGCGACGGCGCGGAAGGAGGCAGAGUCCGCUCGCCGCGACGCCGCCGCCGCGCGCGAGGCGGUGGCGGCGGCCGAGCGCGACGCCGCGGCGCUGCAGGCGCGCGCCGCGGCGCUCGAGGCCGCGGUCGGCGAUGACGAGGGGGUGCGGCGCGCCGCGGAAGCUGCGGGCGGGCAGCAGCAGCAGCAGCAGCAGCAGCGGGAGGCGGCGCAGGUGCAGGCGGCGCAGCAGGAGCAGCAGCAGCGGGAGCGGGAGCAGCAGCAGCAGCGGGAGCAGCAGGAGCAGCAGCAGCGGGAGCGGGAGCAGCAGCAGCGGGAGCGGGAGCAGCAGCAGCAGCGGGAGCAGCAGCAGCGGGAGCAGAAGCACGCUGACAUGCUGCGGCGGUACAAAGAGCUAGCGCUGCAGCUGGAGGAGCGGGCGCUGACGUCAGAGCGCCGCAACGGCCUGUCAGAGGCUCGCAUUGAGAGUCUUGAGGCGUCCCUGAAGGAGGCUCAGGAGGGUCUCAGGGCGGCCCAGCAGCGCGCGGCCAGGGCGGCGGCGGCGGCGCAGCAGGAGGCGGCGGCGCUCGAGAGGAAGCUGCGGGCCGCAGAGGCGUCCGCCGCAGAGGCUGAGCGUCGCGCGGGUGCCGGCGGCGCGGGCGCCGCGCGCGUGGCGGAGCAGCUGGCGCAGCUGCAGGAGGAGAGGGGCCGGCUGCAGCGGGAGCUCUCGGCGGCGCGGGCGCAGGCGGAGGCUCUUGAGAGGCGCCUGCAUGCCAGCGAGCUGCGUGAGGCCCAGCUCAUGGCAGAGGUCCGGGAGCUGGAGGGGGCGGUGGCCGAGAAGGAGCAGCUCGAGGCCACCGCGGCGGCCCUGAGGGAGCGGCUGGAGGAGAGCAGGGCGGAGCGGGGGCAGCUGGAGGACUACAGAAAGCUGGUGCGUGAGCUUGAGGGGGCCAAGGCGCGCCUGGAUGACGAGCUGCUGGGCACCGCGCAGCUCGUCACCAAGCUGGAGUCCCGCGUCCGCGACGCCACGCGCCGCGCCGACGCGUCCACCGCCGCCGCGGAGGCCGCCGGCGCGCGCGCGGCGGCGGCCGAGGCGGCGGUCGCGGCGGAGGUCGAGGCUCGGAUGGCGGCUGUCGGCGCGAACCGGGCGCUGUGGCCGGCCGAGGCGCGGGACGAGGUGGCCCGGCUCGAGGAGAAGAUCGAGGCGCUAGGCGGCAUGUUGGCGGUUGUGAGGGGGGAGCUGGAGGCGGAGGCGCGCAUGUACCAG